UCUUCUUACUACCAUUUCAAUUCAACCAUGAAUGAAAAAUGUGAAAAUUUUUGUGUCGGUGAGGUGUGUGAUUUAGCAGGAGAGAGAGAGAGAGAGAUUUGGUUGAUUUGUUUGCAAGAAAGAAAAGCAAAAAAAUUGUGGGGUGUUGUGGCCGUUGAUGGACAGGCAAGUUUCACCACACUCCUCCCGCCUUCUUUAAACCCUCCUCACCAACCAUCUCAUCUCUCUCACCAUUUCAUUUUAUUUUUCAUUUUUCACCACAAAUUUUUCACCAUUCCAAGCACCACAAAAACCUUGUUCCUCCUCCUCAUCUCUCUCCAUUUCUCCCCAUAUCUUGAUUGAGCUUGUUGAGAUUCCCCAUGCACAUUCCUCCCUCCAUUUCCACCACCACCCCAAAUCUUGUUGGGUGAUCUAUCUAUCUAUCAUCUUCUUGUAGGAGUACUAGUGGAGUUUGUUGAUCUUCACCCCCACCACCAUUAAUGGCUGCAAAGCUUCACUAGAGGAGGAGGACUAGUAGUAUACCAUCUUCUUCUUCUUCUAGCUUGAUCUGGUGCUCCAUUGGUGGUGUUGGUGCAUCUUGAUCUGGGAUUCUGGGGAGAGGUUGAGUGAAUCUUUGGGCCUCCAUGGGGACGGCGGCGGUGGCGGCGGCGGAGAGGCCGAAGCAGCGGCGGAGCAGCCACCUGUGGAAGAAGGCGCUGCUCCACUUCUCCCUCUGCUUCGUCAUGGGCUUCUUCACCGGCUUCGCGCCCUCGUCGUCGUCGUCGUGGCGGGCCGGGAGCGGUGGCGGUGGCGGUGUCCAGCCGCGCCACCAGCUCGCGGCGUCCCACGUCGCGGUGAACCAGCAGGUGAGCCUGGUGCCGGAUGCGGCGGCGGCGGAGGCGGCCGGGGUCGGGAACGGCGCGGUGGUGGACGUGGGCGACGACGAGGGGGGCGAGGGGGCGAGGCGGAUGCUGAUAGUGGUGACGACGACGCGGGGGGAGCGGCGGCGGCGGCGCGGCGAGCUGCUGCGGCUGGCGCACACGCUGAGGCUGGUGAGGCCGCCGGUGGUGUGGGUGGUGGUGGAGCCCGCGGCGGACGCGGCGGCGACGGCGGAGGUGCUGCGCGGCACGGGGGUGAUGUACCGGCACCUCGCGUUCCGGCCCGAGGAGAACUUCACCACCGCCGACGCCGAGGCGCACGCGCAGCGCAACGCCGCGCUCGCCCACGUCGAGAAGCACCGCCUCUCCGGCGUCGUCCACUUCGCCGACGCCGCCGGCGUCUACGACGCCCAUUUCUUCGACGAGAUCCGCCAGAUCGAGGCAUUUGGCACAUGGCCAGUGGCAACAAUGUCGGCAGGCGAGAAGAAAGUGGUAGUCGAGGGCCCGCUAUGCAGUGACUCCAAGGUUGUCGGUUGGUUCUCGAGGGACUUCAAUGAUGGGACCACCCGUGCAGUGACAUAUAACACAGAGGCGGACUUGAAUCCUGCUGGUGCUGCUGGCACGCGAGCUCACACGAUUGACGUCUCAGGGUUUGCGUUCAACAGUUCUAUUUUGUGGGAUCCCGAGCGUUGGGGCAGGCCGACGUCAUUACCAGACACUUCACAGGAUUCCAUCAAGUUUGUGCAAGAGGUUGUAUUGGAAGACAGGACCAAGCUAAAGGGGAUUCCCUCAGAUUGCUCCCAAAUCAUGGUUUGGCAAUAUACUAUGCCCAUGCAAGUUCAUGCCCAAACCUCUACUCCAAAAACUCACAAUAGAAGGUAGGGAGAGAACAAGCAAGAGGAUUCUCCAGAAAGGGAAAAAAGUGGGAAGUUGAUGUAAAUGUGGUGAAAACAAAAGAAAAGGAAGAAGGUUGUUUACACUGAGUUUUUUUCCCUUUCUUUUUCUCUCAUUUUUGUUUUCUUUUUAGUUUGGGGGGCCAUGAAUUGUCUGCGGAAAAUCUCCCCCCAAGCAAUAGUAUUUAUUCAGAUUCACUUGUGAUUCUUUAACUCUGCUCCUCUCAUCUUCAUCUCAUCUCAUCUCCUGGGUAAUCUUUUGUGAGGGGGAUGUUGCUUCAAACAAAUUCCCCUUGUGGAUUGCAAUAAUACACUGUAGAAAUGUGGGUGAAAAUUUGGCAAUGCCAUGAGAAUUCAGAAGAUUAAGGCCUUCUCAGAAAGAAAAAAAAA